AACUCUGUGAAAAUUUGCAGUCAUAGGAACCUAUACAGAGCAUAAGCCAAAAUGGAAGAUGGUGCUGUUUUCUAUGGCUUUAAAAACAUUUUUAUUACAAUGUUUGCUACUUUUUUUUUCUUCAAGCUUUUAAUUAAAGUGUUUUUGGCUCUCCUAACCCAUUUCUAUAUCGUCAAAGGAAAUAGAAAAGAAGCUGCUAGGAUAGCAGAAGAGAUCUAUGGUGGAAUUUCAGAUUGCUGGGCUGAUCGAUCCCCACUUCAUGAAGCUGCGGCCCAGGGGCGCUUACUGGCCCUUAAAACUUUAAUUUCACAAGGUGUCAAUGUGAACCUUGUCACAAUUAACCGAGUCUCUUCUCUUCAUGAAGCAUGCCUUGGAGGUCAUGUGGCCUGCGCUAAAGUCUUACUAGAAAACGGUGCACAUGUCAAUGGAGUGACAGUUCAUGGAGCCACACCCCUCUUCAAUGCUUGCUGUAGUGGCAGUGCUGCCUGUGUCAAUGUGCUGCUGGAAUUUGGAGCCAAGGCCCAGCUUGAGGUACACCUGGCUUCACCUAUCCACGAGGCAGUGAAAAGAGGUCACAGAGAGUGCAUGGAGAUUCUGCUAGCAAACAAUGUUAACAUUGACCACGAGGUGCCUCAGCUUGGAACUCCCCUGUAUGUGGCCUGCACAUACCAGAGGUUAGAUUGUGUGAAGAAACUUCUGGAACUAGGAGCCAGUGUUGACAAUGGACAAUGGAUGGACACCCCCCUCCAUGCUGCAGCAAGACAGGCCAGUGCAGAAAUCAUCCACCUGCUGACCGACUAUGGGGCUAAUCUGAAACUCAGAAAUGCGCAGGGCAAAAGUGCACUUGACUUGGCAGCUCCCAAAAGUAGUGUGGAGCAGGCCCUCCUGCUCCGGGAAGGCCCACCUGCUCUUUCCCAGCUCUGCCGCCUGUGUGUCCGGAAGUGCUUGGGUCGAGCAUGUCAUCAAGAUGUCCACAAACUCUGUCUGCCAGAGCCCCUGGAAAGAUUCCUCCUGUACCGGUAGUCCCAGUGGUCCAUGAAAAGAUACUUGGAAAUAAGUAGAUUAUUAUCCCUUGUACCCAGGGUUCUUAGUAUAGACACCUAACAACCGGACUCUUGGUAUUGUCAAAAGAAUUCAGCAAUUCAAGCAAAGUGCUGAUAAGCCAGAACAUUUGGGGAAUGCAAACUGGUAGUUUCAUGUUCUCAUUCCUCAAGAGGCAACAGAAACCUUUUAUUUUUUAGCUUUUUUUGUUAGUAAAGUUAGAAAAACUGUGAAGUAGAGUGAAAAUGGUAGGCUAUUUUCUGAUCCUCUAAUACCUAUCGGUCAAUAUUCUGAAUACUGUAUAGGCAUAUGUAAUUUCAUGUAGGUAAGAUUAUAAGGCAUGUUAAGUAUUCCAAGAUGUGUUCUUAAUUUAGUUCCUCUAUUUUACCCUAUUUCUUCUUUCUUUUGUUUCUUCCUUGAAUAAAUCUCUGCUGCAAUUUUGA